AUGGACAAGGUGCAGCAGCAACAUCAUGUGGAGGAUGUGGGCCGGUUGUUGUUGCAGACACAGGAGCAGCUUCGUGUGAUGCGAGAGCAGAUGACGGCAGCUGCAGCGGCCGUGGAGGCCAAUGCAUCGCCAAUGCGCCACAACGCAAUUGUGACAACAGCCGAAGUCCAAGCUUUCAACGCAAUCUUGCAACAGACUGAGACAGAACUUCGGGCCAAAGCGGAACUUGUCCUCAAUGGCAUGGUUAACAGCAGUAGCAGUGCACGAAAUAAUCAGGCUCAGAGCGGCACUCUUCUUCCUGCUGUCACGGUUGCCGCUGCUCCUUCGAUCAUGCACCGAAGUGGAUACGAUAAAGCUAAUAAGCCACGACAAAUGGACGCAAGCUCUAUUCCCGUGGAAUUCUUCCGAGAGCAAUUUCGCAACAACAGCGUUGAGAUUCGACAGUCUUUGCCUGAGCCGUGGGAACGGCAUUUUGGAAUUCAUCACGGUCGUCUCAUGCGCAAAAAAACUACGCAACACUGUCGUCUGUUGCCUAGUGUCAACAAAACUGAUCCAAGCGUACCAACUCCUGAAUUGCGCGAGGAGGAUGCCAAGCACGGCGUUUUGAACUUGGUCACGCGCGGGUUUCUCCCUGCGUACGCAGAUCUGACUCCAGUCUUCAGUGGUACGAGCGAUGGCUCUGGUGGUGGGGUGAUGAAACAGCGUGCAACCCGAAUCUAUAAUCGCUCCGAACAAGUAGUUCGGUCGACUCCUUUUACUCAGUCCACAGGCUAUAAUCUGGCAUCAUUGAAGUUCGAUCUUCGAGCUCCACCAACGCCCCCACCUGUUGUGCCCGAAGCUACCUUUCCUGACAGUACAACCAGAAGACGAAGCACUAGGCGGAGUUCAGCUCUGCAAGGCCCCAACCCAUUUACAAGGUCAGUACCGAUAUCUAGCAGUAAAAUUAAGAAUGGGAGGUCUGCCCAUCCGACUUCGUUAAUGUCGGCUGCAGUCGCUGCCUUCACGAACCAGGGAGAGGAUACGGAAAACAAUAGAGACCGAUUCAGUGACGACGACAUCUCCGAUGAGGAGCAGGAAAGCGAUGAAAAUGACAAGGACGAAUACGCCGAGAUGGAGAAAUUGGGGGCAAAUGUCGAUAAAAUUCGUGGUUACAACGAACUGCUGGAUGUGUAUAGUUUGCACCAGUUUCUGAUUCACAAAGGACGGACCAUGAGAGACACACCCGAGUUUGUUUCGUUCCGUCGCGUUACACAGGAGCUUUGGGGCAGUGUAGAAGAGGCUCUGCGAGCGCUGGAGACUCUGCUCGCGCAGUAUUUUGUACCUCUGGCUUACGUUGAUGGCCAGCGACUGCUCGCACUCGCAGGUACAGGCCAACCUCGAUUCUCUAAGCGCGAACUGCUGUCCUGUAUUGUGAAUGAAGAUCAAGUUAUGUCGGUACUGCGACGUCCAGGCCAACGGUAUAAAGGGCGAGAUCGUAAACGCCGUGCUGCUACUACAAUCGAAGCUUGUGUUCGUAUGUGGCUAGUCCGUCGGAGGUACGCUCGCACUCGUGCCAGCGACUUCAAUGCGAGCAAAAUUCAGCUUGCGUGGCGAGCCUACAGUUGCCAUACAAGUCUCAAAGCUCGACUACGAGAAGUCCACCUAGAAAAACUCGAGAAAUGGGAGAAAAGGAUGCACAAUCUCAAGUCCCACUGGCCACAAAUUGCUGGUCGCCGACGUGUUGUGGUCCACGUGCCGUCGUUAUCGCUCGAUGAACACUCACGUCUCGGUGCUGAGAACUUUGCCAUACAACAGAACCUCCAGCUGACGCGGGUAUGCGCCGCUGCACUGGACUCUAACGUGGAACUGCUGCUUUAUGUGUCGCCUUUCGAGCUCACAUCGGAUGUUUCUCAGUACUUCCUCAAACUGCUGCAACUUGGCGGUCUUGUUGACAGCAGACCUCGCGUCAAGUUAGUGUUUCCCGAGCAAACCACGCGCUUUCCAGCCCAUUUCUCGCUGUCAUCGUUGUUACUCUACUCGCCUCAUUGUCUGCGGCGCAUCCGACACUACACUACUGGCAAAGAGGCUUACCUUGUGAUGGGGCUACCUGGAGCUGAGGAUCAACGACUAGCGAUGGCGUUGGAUCUGCCAAUCCUCGGUGCGCCGCCAGCUCAAGCUCUGCCGCUGCUCACUCGCUCGGGUGGCAAGCGGUUGUUGAUCCGAGCUGAUGUAAAUGUCCCCAAUGGUACUUACGAGCUGUACGAUGAACAUGAAGUCUGUGCAGCGCUCGCCAAGCUUGCUAUCGCUCACAUGGAUCAACCGAGGUGGUUAAUUAAGCUGGACUACGAUCCUCUUGAUGUGGGCGAAGCGGUCGUUGACCUGUCAAACAUGCAAGCGAUGCGUGAGCUGCGUCGAGAGAAGCGGACGCCCGAGUAUUGGCGCCAACCAGGCCCUCGCGAUGCAGCAGCAAAGCUGAUUCUGGCAGAGCUAGAGCGUCCGGGAAUGCUAGCGAGAAUCGCGACUCCCAUGCAAACCGAAAUAUUCCCAAAAUGGCGGGAGUUUAUCGAUGCCGUCGGCCAUUUCGGCUGUGUCGUUGAAGCUGUCCCUCCUACAGCCAUUGCUGCCUCAUCCGAGGCAUCAACGGUGCUGGUAGAGCCUGCCUACGUGCGCGCGAAUCUGUUUGUAGACCCGGAUGGCUCCGUACACAUCUCGUCGACGCAGAAUGUGCUGGCAGCUGGAGGUGGGGGGCUGAAUAGGAAAACUGUGGCGUUCACGUUUCCUCAGACGGCUGCACCAUAUGAGGCAAUUAAGGGUGCUUGCAACGCCGCGGGAAAGCUACUAGUAGAGACGAAUGUCUGGGGUUACGUCAGCUUGGAUUUCGUGGUCUUUCAGGAUGAAAAGAGCAAUGAUGCACCUCGAUUGUGGGCUCUCGCUGUACAUCCGUUCCUCACAGAUUCCGCUACCAGCUUCGCUUGUUUCCACCUGCUCGCUCGUGGUGUGUUAGAUACGAAUUCAGGUGUCUACCGAGUGGCCAACAAGUCACUGACUACAGCCAAUUCAGGACGAAAAAGCGAAAGUGGCAGCGCUACGGACUUGCUGCUGCGUGAAGCUUUACUGGCCAAAAGUUCACUCGUAGGGGCUCGGCGUUGCUUCGUGGCGUGCUCGUACGUGUUCCACCCGCACGUGAUCACUAUGCAGUACACUGCUUUCUUCCACGCCUGCAGAUUACACGGUGUGUGCUUUGACGUGGAGAGAACUCUAGGUACACUCUUCCUGCUCGCUGACAGUCUCACAGCUGGCGUCUUCGGUAUCUUGAGUAUUGGAGAAACCACAGAAGGAGCUCUGGCAUUUCUGCGGACUGCACUGGAAGUGAUAGGCCGAGAAGCUGGCUCGACUAUCAGUGUGGCUUCAUCUCCAUCUCGAUCCGUUGCCUCUCGUAGUGGCAACUUUGCUCAGAUUUUGUCUGCUAUUCGAGUGUCCACAGGCGGCGGCAAGAGCGACAGACUAGGGAAAAUGCGGCAACGACAGCGAUAG